AGGUAAAAUGCGUUUACUUUAGGUGUAAAGGUAAUAAACAAUUUAUGUUUUGAAUGCGCCGCUUCGGUGACCAACGUUGUACUAUUACGUACAUAUACACGAAACGUUUUAUGAAAAUAACUUGUGCAAAUAUAAUAUAAUCCCCGUUUUCGUCCACAUUAUAUAAUGGAAUAAAAAUGCAAGUCGUACGCGUGUGGGGACGAUUUAUUUUAUUUCUAGUUAUAAAUGUUUUUACUUUAAGUAAAGGAGAAAUUAGAAAACAACAACUUCUAGCUGGAGAUAUAAACAUUGCAGGUAUUUUUGAAGUUCAGACUGUUGGAAGUAGUGGGGAAUGUGGAGCCGUGAGUGUGUCCUCUGUGAUGGCAAUGGAAGCUGUCAGAUGGUACCUGCAAUCACUAAAUGCAAAUAGUAAUGACCUUAAAAUUGGUUUUUCAGUAUACAAGACUUGUGGUAACCUAGGUUUAGCUGGCGAUGCCGCUGUUGACAUCAUAUCUACAUAUCGCAACUCUCAUGCAGCAAACUCGACGGAAGACUUUACUGUUGGUGUAAUUGGUCCGGAAUAUAGUUCGGAGACUGAGGUAGUAUCGUCAGUUCUGGGGUCACAGACGUUAGAAGAUCGUCUGCUGCAGAUUGGAUUUUCAUCAACAUCAACACAAUUGAACGACAGAGAGAAAUACCCUAACUAUUACAGGGUAGCUGUGGAGGAUAGAGUGCAAAUAACGGCAAUGCUGCAACUGAUGUUAGAUCUGAAAUGGAACCGCAUUGCAGUCAUUUACGUAAAUGAUACAUACGGACGUGUUGGAGCCAAUAUGCUGCAACAUUACGCCGAUGGAUAUCAUAUAUGUAUAUCUAAAAUAAAUGCUAUAGGAAUAGACAGUAGCAGGCAAGUCGAAGCUACCAAAAUCAGAGAAAUCCUUACAAGUUUUGUUAUAGAGGCACCUAGUAUUGAAGGUGUUGUCUAUUUUGGAAACGAGGCAAUUGCAAACCAGGUCAUGCAGAUAUUCGACAGUCUUAGAAUGACAGAUGUGCCUAUAUUCAUUUUAUCUGAGUCAAACUUAGAAAGUAGUGUGUUUGAAUCGUCUUCAGGGAGCUUAUUACUGAAAACAAAAGGCACACUUGUUCUUUCCAUGCAUUAUUUAGAGGUUUCAGAGUUUAAACAGUACUGGGAGUCCUUGAUGUCAAAUAAAACUGCUCUUGAAACUGCAGCCGAAGCCAAUCCGUACCUUAAGGAUGUAUUCCAGUAUUACGCAGGCUGUAAUGUCGUCACACCGAGUUGUGCGGCACUAAGCAACGCGGAAAUACGUGAAAAAUCAUUGCAAUCUGUGUAUGUUCGGUAUGCAAUCUUUGCAGCGCAUACACUAAUUGAAGCUAUAAGAAAAUUCAAUGGCACGAAAUGCAAUGGUAAAUGCAACAGCAGAGAGAAAUUCCAAUCAUAUUUCCAACCAAAUUACCUGAUUGAUGCAAUGGACGGAUUGUCAGUGACGUAUGGCGGUAUUCAUGCAUCUUUUACUAAAGACACACCGAACAUUCAACUUGCAGAGGGUGAAACAGAGUACGAAGUGUACAAUUUUCGGAAGGAAGAGAACAGCGAUAAAUUUACGUUUGUAAAUGUAGGAUCUCUCUCUGAUGGAAUGCUGACUCUAGACAAAGGAAAAAUUAAAGACUACAAUUCUGAUGGUUCGGAAAGAAGCUAUCCAGACAUAAGAAGAGGGCAAUGUCCUGUUGAUGAAAAAUGUUCUGAAUGUAUAAGCAGUGAUAUAUCAGAAAUUAGUUAUCAUAUCCCGGGUGAUUUUUACGUAAUAGGUAUUGUUUCUAUCAACAAUAAAGCUAUACCAGGGCCUCUUGGAUGUGGUACGGUUAGAACUAGGCAUGGAUACCAAAUGUAUCUCUCUUUGGAAUUUAGUUUAAAAGAAUUCCAGACACGGAGUUGGUAUUCGCAGUAUAAAGCUAUGUUUGCUGGAAAGUCUAUUGGACUGAUAGUGAUCAACAGCUGUAAUAAUGCGCUUGAAGUAGUCCCUAAAAUCCUGGAACUUCAUGCAAAAGGACUUAAGUUACCCGACGGAUCAUUCCUGGAUCUGACUAACCGAAUACUUGGUUAUGUCGGCGGUCAGGCUACCGAUGUAAGCGAGCCUGCAGCAGCUCAGCUAACUAAAUUAAGUUUUGUCCAGAUAAGUUACACCUCUACGAAUCCAAUUCUCAGCGACAAACAUCUUUAUCCGUAUUUUCUGCGAAUCAUUUCACCCGACAAUGUACAAGCGGCAGCAAUGAUAGAUGUUGUUAAAGAACUUGGUGGUGAAUAUAUCCAGCUUGUAUACAGCGAGGGCGCAUACGGAGAAGGUGGUCGCGACUCGGUUCGUGCUGUAGCAGUCGCUAAUAAAAUAUGCAUUAUACAAGAAAUCAUGGUCAGGGAGAGUGACACGUAUUUUGCUUAUUAUGAGAUAAUGAGAAGAAAGCCUCACGCGAAAAUCGUGAUUAUAUUUUUACGUUCUCACGUUGUUGCACCAUUCAUACAUGACAUUGAUAAAAACAUGAACAGGGGCGAAUUUCAGUUUAUUGGUUCAGAGGCAUGGGGAAAGAACAUGGCUGUAUUGCAGUAUGACAUAACUAAAGGGUCAAUAAUAACAGCAGUUGAAAUGGACAAAAACAGAGAUCUAGAAGACUAUAUCAAAAAAGUAAAACCGACCUAUAACGUAUCCGAUCCUUGGCUAGAAAACUACAUUCAAAACAGACAAGACUGUUAUUGCAGUUGGACUUAUGAUAAAACAUUUACAAAGGAGUGUACAGAUGACAUUCUGCCGAUGAACGAUCCUAAUUUCGAAUCUGAUCCCUGGUGUAUAUUUGUUUCUAAUACCAUGUUCGCUUUCUUGAAAGGCGCUGCUAUGUUUUUCAGUAGCAAGUGUGGCUCAUCAACAAGCCCGACUCUGUGCACUGAUUUUGUAGACAAUCCCAAAGAAUUUUUCAAUGUGUUGAGACUUGUCGAAAUGGAUAUAUACGGGACGGGAGACAUUUUGAUCUUCGAUGAUAAAGGGGAUGGACUGAUGGGGUAUAAAGUCUACAACAUACAAGAAGGACAAACAGAUAAGACCAAGAGAGUAUAUACGCCGGUUGGAAGUUAUAGUCCAAAUAGUGGUCUUCAGCUGGAUAAACAAAAUAUAAGAUAUCCAAAGGACGAUCCUAUAACUUCUACGUGUCCAAGUGAAGGAGCAUGCUCGUCUUGUCUGGGCAGUGACACAGACAAUACAACUAUAAUCAUACGGGAUGCAGAAAAAAGUGCUGCAGUUCCUGUGUUGGGAGCGCUGGUAGGUGUGCUGGCUCUUGUCAUCAUAAUACUAGUUGUUCUUCUGGUUCUGUUUUGGAUGAGGAAACGAAAGAAACCAGAAGAUCCAUAUCUUACACCUACCGAAUGCAUGGAGGAAAGGCCAGCUGUUGAAGGCGGACAGGUAGAAAGUGAUAGUUCUUACGUUACCGCAACUCCGCCAAGAGAAUGUCGCAAAGAAGUCGUCGUUUAAAUAUGUUUAUUGCAAUUCUUAUAAAGUAAAACGGCUUUUUUUUCGUUGUUAAACCAAUUUUACUGCUGAAUUUACAUUGUAGCUGAUACGUACCUAACGCCAACAUUCUCUGCAAGAGAUGAACAGAGGGUUAUCGAAGAAUACCGGAAUGAACAAAAUGGGUAUAUAGAUCCCAAAAUAUGACUCAGUGCCGAAAUCAUCUGAGCCAGCAAAUUUUAUUAUUUUGCUUCUUCUUGAACACUUCGUGAAAUCCAAGUUUAUAUCAUUAUCUAUAUGUUAAGAACAUUUUUUCCAGUGUUAUUGUUUAUCAUGGUUGGUGAACUUAACCAGUUAUAUAAAGUGAGUGGUGUGGGAAUCCCGCCUUUAAGACGAAUUCUCCAUGUCAUUAUACUUGAUUAAUGUGAAACGUUCUGACGUCAGUUCAGUUGAAUACUGAGAGAAAGAAACUAUCUGUUGUCAGUUUUAUUGACACACUAAUAAUUAAGCAUAAUAGUUCUGUAAUGAUUUGCUCACGGUAAGAUGACAUGUAAAACUGUUUGCUAUACCGGCUUUCAACAUACUUCAUAGACAUAUUCACUUAAUAACAGAGUAAGUACCGGCUUUCAACAUACUUCAUAGACAUAUACACUUAAUAACAGAGUUUUACCGGCUUUCAACAUACUUCAUAGAUAUAUUCACUUAAUAAUAGAGUUUGUACAGAGUAAGUACCGGCUUUCAACAUACUUCAUAGAUAUAUUCACUUAAUAACGGAGUAUGUACCGGCUUUCAGCAUACUUCAUAGACAUGUUCACUUAAUAACGGAGUAAGUACCGGCUUUCAACAUACUUCAUAGACAUGUUCACUUAAUAACGGAGUAAGUACCGGCUUUCAACAUACUUCAUAGACAUAACCUGUACGAAAGUUUACAGCUGUAAAAUACCUGUAUUUGUGUUAAAAAUUACAGUCAUGAUUAUUUCAAUUUUAUACCUGUAGAUUUUAUAUAACGACGUUUAUUUUACAGCUGUAUAUUUCAAUUUACAGCUGUAAAACGACUGUAAAACAGGUCGAAUUAUGCAAAUGAGAUACAGCUGUAAAAAACUUGUAGCUGUAAAAAUGAAAAAGUUACAGCUGUAAAUAUGCCUAAAAGUUACAGCUGUAGAAAUAUAACAGGCGUUGAAAAGAGGGAAUUUUAUUUUAAGGGAGGAAAGCAGAAGUACAAAAUGUUUUAGGAUGAAUUGUAAUUCUCUAGAAUGGGUAGCAAUUACUACACAGAUGGCAAAAUAAAUGAUCUAGUAAGUAAAAAACAAUAUCAAAUAUGUUUCUAGUAUAGCAAUUACAAAAUUAAAGAGUAUGAUACAAAGUAGAAACUAUGCAUCAUAUCUUGUUUAUAAAACUUUCUAUGUCAUGAAAACAUAUGACAAUCUUGUAAUUAUUUCCUUUAAACUUAUCACUUUCAACUGUAUUAGAUAAUUAAACUUUUGAACUUACUCCAUAAUGGCUAAAAUUUUAGACGAUAUGGUGUCUCUGUGAAUUUCAGUUAUAUCCCGUCAAAAUGCAUUAAAGAUGGCUGACAGUGCUCAUGUUUCCCUCCAAAAAAAGUUACAGCUGUAAUUUGGAGACCUUACCAUUUUACAGCUUAACUUUCAACUAAACUUUUUACAGCUGUAUUUUUGAGACCUACAGUUGUUUUACACCUCCUGUCAAUUUCAACUGUAUUUCUGGUAAUUCUCCACUUACAGGUCUUUUACAGCUGUAAUUUUGAAAUACAGGUCUUUUACAGACGUUUUAGAGCUGUAAAACAGGUCCCAUUUUCGUACAAAGUAAGUGCCGGCUUUAAACAUAUACUUCAUAUACAUAUUCAUUCAAUAGCAGAGUAAGUACCAGCUUUCAACAUUUUUGUUUGAUUAUACAUUUAAAACUUCGAAAUAAUUCAGUUCAAGAGAAUUUAGAUAAUGGAAGUUUGAUAUUUGUUUGUUUUUUUUUCUUCAUGUUUUAAAAUUACUGUGAAAAUCUAGUGUUAUUCAGUCCAUCUAGAUUUAAUAGGUGAUAAAAUCUGUUUUAGUUUUUUUAAUAUAUAGCACUGUUUCAUGCCAGUAUUAGCCUGUUUAAUUUUAUAAAUUAUUUCUGUAAUGUUGACACAACAAAUAGUACACUAGAAUUACAUAUUUUAAGUGUAGAUAUGUGUAGUUAGGUUACCAUUUUCCAGGUUGAAUAGUUUUUGGAAAGUGUUAAAUAAUUGCAUUAUGCGCUGUUACAGGACAUACGCCGUUAUAUCAAUACAGUGGGUUGCUCACUACUUCAAAUAGUGAUAAAAUCUGUUUUAGUUUUUUUAAUAUAUAGCACUGUUUCAUGCCAGUAUUAGCCUGUUUAAUUUUAUAAAUUAUUUCUGUAAUGUUGACACAACAAAUAGUACACUAGAAUUACAUAUUUUAAGUGUAGAUAUGUGUAGUUAGGUUACCAUUUUCCAGGUUGAAUAGUUUUUGGAAAGUGUUAAAUAAUUGCAUUAUGCGCUGUUACAGGACAUACGCCGUUAUAUCAAUACAGUGGGUUGCUCACUACUUCAAAUAGGCACAUCAUACUAUCAUACACUUCAAAUAUUCGCAGAUGUUCACAUAUUCACUGAGGUACACAACUGCUCAUUCAAACACAUGAUCACAUACAUACUUCAUACAUGGUUACAUGUACAAGUAUCAUUUCUCUUCUGCUCAUACAUAUAUACAUACUCAUUGUCUCAAACAAAAUAUCUCUUUAAAUAGUUAUUAUUGUGAUUACAAGUUAAGUCUUGUUUUAUCUUUUUUACCUGUACUCGAUAUAAUGUUUUUUAUAUAAUGUAGGAUGUUAUAGUCUCCUAUAAUAAUAAGAAUGGCCAUAUCCA